CUGUCCAAGUUGGACAGACUGCGGAUUUUCUUGAGUGUUGUUGCAGUCGGGGCCUGAGGGCAGAGGGUCUCUAUUACUUGACCCAGAUCAGAGGAGGCGUGCAGGGCUGCCCCCGACCUAGAUUCCAGCAGGAGCAUUCAGCUAGAGACCGCGAUGUCCACAACGGGGAAGGUGUCUCAGGUUCCCAGCGGGAAGGUCUAUCAGCAGAUCUUUGCAGCAGAGAUGCAGUUGCUCCAGUCUCUGGCGGCCAGCAGGCAGAAAACUAUAGAGAAUUCCAUAACCUCAAAGAUUGCCAAGAAACCCUUGAUGAAGAAGAUGGAUGUUCCCGAAGGGGAGAUGAUGACCUCUCGGCAGCGGAAGUGGUUGCACAGCCUACCCAAUGACUGGGUCACCGAAAAUCCUGUUCUUCUCAGGGAACAAAAAAUAGCCAAGAAGAAAAAAUCUCAGGAGAGUGAAAAUACCAUAGCUUCCCGAGAAGUUCGGGGUCUCAUGGACACAAUAGUACCUGAGAAGAUCAACAGUAUAACCCUCCCUGUAAAAAAAGACUGCAAGAAGAAAGCCUAUGAGAACGCUCUGGCAAACUUUAAGGAGGAGAUCGCACAGAUUGGGACAGAAAUGGAACCUCUCAUCUUAGAGCCUGGAGUAGUUCUUUUAAAAAAGCUGACUGACACUGAUAACAUCAUCAACCAACUCUUCCAGAGUGUGGAAAACAACAGUGACCUCAAAGACUACACUAUCCAGAACCUGCUGGAUCUGUGGGAUCAGGUGGCUGAGAAGUACCUCCAACAGAAGCAGGGGAUUAGGGAGCUGGAUGAAGCACUGCACUUGCAGGAGUUCUCCCGGACAGACAAACUGAAAAAAGUGUUGAAAAAAUACGUAGAAAUCAUAGAGAAAACCUCUUACCUCAUGCAGCCCGACGUGUACAGGCUUAUGAAUAAAGAAGCCAUGAUCAUCAAUCACGCCCUGCUGGGCAACAGGAGAGCCAUCGCCCAGCUAUCUGUCAACCUGAUGGAGGCGACGCUGAAGCAGGAGCUUGAGAGCCGCCACCGCUGGCAGGACCUGGUGGACGUCUGGAAGGGUCUCAAGAAGGAGGGUCUGGUGCAGUAUUUCAGCGAGUUCAUAAACAGUGAGAAGAUCCAGAAUCCUCCAGCUGUGAAUGAGGAGGUGAACAACAUGCUCGCACGCCAGAGUAUCCUGCAGCAAAAGCGGCUGGAACAUCUCAGCACCAUCUGUGACCUUCUGCCCCCCAAUUAUAGCAAAACUCAACUGAAUCAGUGGCAUGCUUCCCUCAACUCACUGAACAGUGACCUCGACUCCUUUCACAUAGACUGUAUGAUGAGGAUCCGCCUACAGUACGAGCAGACCUGGCAAGAGUGCUUGGCCAACGUGCAGCAGUGCAAGAAGCAGUUGCUAGACUGGAAAGCCUUCACAGAGGAGGAGGCCGAGAACCUGGUGAGCCCGUCCUUCUUCCAGAUGGUGGGAGAGCUCCAGAGCAAGGUGGAGGAGCAGCUGGAGCUUUUGGACAAAGCCUUUGAGGCCCUGGAGAAGCAGACAGAGCGGCAAACCUUAGACCUCUUCAGCUACUUCCAGGAGGCUGCACAGCUGUGGGAGGAACACCUGAACAUACUGUCACUGCAGGAGCUGGAACUAGAGAAGAGGAUGGAGCAAAAGCGGCGGAAGGACCUCAGAGAAAACCAGUCCCAGGAGGCUCACCUGGAUAAGCUCUUGGACCAGAUGAGGCAGCAAAGCCAUGAAGACUCCCUGAAGUCAUCUCUGGAAAGAGCCAAAGAUUAUCUGAAGGCUAUACAAAGGAGGUAUGAAACUUUCCACUGCCUCCAGACUAAAGAGAUGACAGACUUCCCAACGAUAAUACUGAACCAGCUCAACUCCUAUAGCUCCACCCUCAGCCGGCACUUCUAUGUCCGUGAAAUCUUUGAACAGAACUUGGAUGGGGAAGUCAUUUUCAAAUUUAGGGAACCAGAAACACAUGAAAAGCUCUUCCAGGAGAGAAGGAGAAACGUGCAAAGAAGAGCUAGGUUGAACGCAGAAACUAGAAAGAGUACCAAAAGCACAAGUAGAGAGCCAGGUUUGCCUGUGCCAGCAGAAGAAAUGGAAGAAAAUAAAGACCAAGAGAUGGAGUCCUCCACAGGUGAAGAUCUGGCUUCCAGCCUGCAGGAAGAGCCAGUACCGAGUGGCAGGCUGGGUGCGUUCAGAGAGGACUCUCUUCAAGAUUCAGAAGAAGUGCAGGAGGAAAACGAUGGCUCCCUAAAGGCAGCCUUGAAACAGGAAGACCAGAUGGUUCAAGAAGAGAAGGAAAUGAUAGGGGAGGGAAAUGAGGAGAUAGAAGAAGAGGGGAAGAAUGAAGAGAUGGGAGAAGAGGCGUAUGAUGAAAAGGAGGAGGAGAGGGAGGAAAAAGAAGAACGUGAGAGUCUACUUGAUGAGGUGGCAUCUCAGGAAGAAAGUCAGGGGGAGUUAUCCACUGAGGAGAUGGAGUCCUUUACAACCUCCAGUGGCAACACUUACUAUGUCUUCCUACCCCUUGAACAAGAAGAAGAUGAAGAUGAAGAUGAAGAAGAAGAAGAAGAAGAAGAAGGAGAAAAAGAAGAAGAAGAAGAAGAAGAAGAAAAAAAGGAAGAAGAGGGUUGCAAGAGACCUUCUCCUAGCCUUUCUGCCAUACUCACCAGUGAAAUGCCUGGCGCUAGGUGCCUAGAACAAGUGAUGAUUCCGCCCACGUUGAUUUCAGAAAUAAAGAAGCAAUUGAGAACUGGCUUUUUUGAGCACCUGGAGAAAUGGUUUGACCAGUGUUCCCUUAACAUCCGCGUGAUCAUGUCCACCAAGGUGGACCAGCUGAAUUCCGAACUGGAGCUGCGUCUGCACCUGCACCAGCCAAGAGCCCAGCAGAUUGAAAAGGACAUCCACAAUGUCAGGGCAGCUGAACUCUUGCUUCAUCGAGAACGACUAGAUAGUCACUGUUCUGGGGUGCUGGAGACCCUGAAGAAGGAGAGGCUGAUGUUCUGCCAGUUCCAAGAAGAGCAGAACACCAAGAGCAAAAAUUUCCGCCGCAAGAUUUACGACAUGGAGCACACGUUUUUGAAUGCUACAAAGAGCCAGAAGCUGGUCAGUCUCAGCAGCGCGCUGCACCGGGAGCUGCUGAGCUAUGUCGACGUCAUCCAGGUGUCCCUGCGCAGCUUCCGGCAGUACCUGGAGGAGAGCAUGGGCAAGCUUCGCUAUACCAACAUCGAGUUCAUCAAGCAGUGCAGAUUGUUUUCAGAGGGAGGUAACUUUUCUACAGAAGAAAUUGACUCACUGUGUCGUCGGCUAGAGAAGGAAGCUACCCGGAUAGAGUUGGUUGAAAAUUUAAUCAUGAUCAACAUGGAGAAGAUGGAGACUGAGUACCUGGACCAGGCUAAUGAUGUCAUCAACAAGUUUGAAAGUAAAUUCCAUAAUCUGCACGUGGACCUUAUUUUCAUUGAGAAAAUCCAGCGGUUGCUGACAAAUCUGCAAGUGAACAUCAAAUGUGAGGUGGCCAAAUCCAACUCGCAAGCAGAUGGAUUAAAUUCUUCCCUGGAACAGCUUCAAAGCAAGGUGAAAAUGUGCCGUCGGAACUCACAAGGAGAAAAAAAAAUGGUGACUUCAGAGGACCUCCUUGGCUUUGUCCGAACGUGGAAAGAAAAGCUAAACCAGAGGAUUCAGUACCUCAACUGCAUGGUGACCACAGUGACUCAAGUUGUCUUUGCAGACAGCAACCUCUUGACUGACACAGAGAUAGAGAGUGAUAUCCUAGUGUCUUCAGAAGUCCUUGAAGAAGAUGCAUACAUCAACACAGUCAAUGCCGAGUCCUUUGCCCAGCCAAGCCGUAUGGGGAAGCCUAUGAUUGAAGAUCCAGCCCUGGAGGUGGUCAAGAAGAUUCUGCAACCUCACACCCUGAAAGGCCCAACUCAUCAGUGUGACAAAGAUCGAUCCCAGACAGGGCUAUGCUCUCAUCCUGGACAUUCAUCACCCAAAGGCUUGAAGCGACCCCGGAACCACAGUGUGAAGAAGGCCUUGUCUACUAUCAGUACCGCCUCAGUAGGGAGUUUGACGCGGUACAGCAAGCCCAAUAGGAUGGACAAAAAGUACCAGGUGCUCGGGGAGAGGCCGCCUGCUCCCUCCGAGGACUUUAAAGGAAUCAUCUUGACCCUCCUCUGGGACAGCAAUGAACAUCUUCUGAAUGUCAUAGAGGAGUAUUACCGCAAAGAGAAACGCUCGGUCACCAGGCCCGACUGCAUGUAUGAAACCUUUGAUCAGUGUGCAGAGAACAUUGGCAAAAAGUUGCUGGAGUACCUGAGUGAGACAGAUGAGUACCACAACUCCUGCCUGAUAGAAUUACGGGCCCAGAUGAGGAGAUUUGAAGAAUUGCUGCCCCAAGUGUGUUGGCUGGUGAUGGAGAAUUUCAAGGAGCACCACUGGAAAAGGUUUUGUGCCUCCACCAAGGAGAUCCAUGAACAGUUCUUGGAAUAUCAGACACAGACAGAAAAAUGGAAGGACGAAAAUUCCCAGAAACUUCAUCCAAAUCUUGGACAUCCCACACAUUCCCAAGAGAUGGAGGAUCUUUGUCAAGUGGAAGAGAAAAGGCAGGAAGACCUGGAUGAAGCCAUUACAGAGCUGAAGGAGAAACUGGAGGAAUUCACUAAGAAGUACAGCAAGUUUUUCAUAGCCAGCUUGGCCACAUUCACUGAGAAGUUUCUGCUGCAGUUGGAUGAAGUGGUCACCAUUGAUGACAUCCAGGUUGCAAAGGUGGAACGUCCCAAGCAGAAAACAUCGAUCCUCAUACGAAGGAAACUCAAUGGGCUCUCCCUGGAGGAAGAGAGUGAGAAGCCCCUGAUUGAACGUGGAAGUAGGAAGUGGCCAGGAAUCAAACCAACUGAGCUCACCAUCCAAACCAAGAUCCUCUUCCGGAAAACGGCAUCCAUCACCACCACCAAGACAACCCUGGGCCACCUGGCAGCUGUGGAAGCCCGAGACGCUGUCUACCUGAAAUAUCUAGCAGUACUGGAGGAGGAGUUGAACAAGAUUCGGGAUGAAAACACUUUGCAGGUGAAGGAAGCUCAGCGCUGGAAGGACAGCUGGAAGAACUCUGUGCACAUCAUCCAGAACUUGUACUCUAAUUCUAACAGCAUGUCCAAAUAAAGGCCCAUUUUAUAUGAA